GAAAGGUGGACCGGGCAGCCGCUAAGCAACUCGCUCACUUCUAGCGCUCGUUUAAGCGAACGUGAACGCUCCAGGUAAGCUCGGUUUCGCUGUGCACUCAGUUGUGAAAGACCGCCGUUUAUUGCAAUGGCGGGCGAAUCGUACGGGCGGCCUGCUUGCUCGCUCUAGUGAGCUUGGCUUGGCUUAACUUAGCUGAACCAGCACACAACAGAGACACGAGCACAGGGAUAUACACCGUGUCCCUUCCUGCUCUGUCCUUUAGUAGAACGCGCUUCCUAGGUCGCCAUUCUCUAUUUUCGCGCACAGUUCGCCCAGUCCAAGAUAGCCUUCGUCCGAAAAGCCCCUGCUCUGUCACCAUUGAGCAGGUGCCGGAAGGAGGUCUAUUGACGAAUUAGGGCGAGCACAUCCAACUUCGCGACCUCGGGGUGGGAAGUGGCGGUGGAGGGAUGCUGGAAGCCAGCAGCGUCCCAGCGGAGAGCCCGCAGGGUUCUGACGCCAUGGAGACUGAUGACAUGUGCUGGAUUUGCCUUGAUGACACCAAGGACCGUGACGUACUAGUCAGCCCCUGCCGUUGCCCGCGCAAGGUGCACCCGCGCUGCCUGGCGCGGUGGCAGCUGCAGCAGGCCGGCAGGCUGGAGGAGACCAAUUGCAGGUUUUGCCAGCACAACCUGGCGGACUGGAAGGCCAGCCUGACGCCCGAGAACCUCAAGCCCGACGUGCAGCGCGUGCAGCCCAUCAUGGUGGUCUACUUCGAGGGCCAGAUCCACCGCAUCCCCGUCAAGCAGGGGCCGGGCGGCCUCAAGGAGUUCACGCAGCGCAUUCGCGACCUGUUCCGGCUGCCCGAGGACGUUGACAUCUCGCUGACGUUUGGCUGCAAGGAGCCGCUGAGCGGCCAGCACCUCAAGCUGGAGGGCAUCGGCGCCUUCGACGCCGCCGUGCACUGUGCGUCGGUAGCCGCCGCGGAGCGGCAGCAGAAGCUCAAGAGCGGCGGCGGCGCCGCCACAGAGGGCGGCGCUGGCGACGAUGCCGGUGAUGAGGGCGAGGGCGAGGAUAGCGGCGGCGCCGCUGAGCCGAUGCAGCUGCCCACGUCGCCGAUGGGCGAUGGCGGCGCCGCGGCGGCGGCGCUGCCGGCGGGCGCACCCGCCGGCGGCACCGGCCUGUCGAUGCACCCGUCGAUGAUGCCGCCGCACCACGGCCACGGCUACGGCCACUACCACCCGCACCCGCACCAGCCCCUGCACUACCAUUACGGCCAGCCUGGCGCCGGCGCUGCCGCUGGCGAGGCCGGCGCCGCCGCCGGCGGCCUUCUGUCCGCCUCGGCCCCUGCCUCCGCACAGACCUCGGGCGGGGGCAGCUCGGAUGCGGUUGCGCCGCCCAUGGACGCGCCGCUUCUGCACCCCGCCGCCUCGGCGCCAGCGCUUUCGUUCUUCAACGACCAACAGGCGCACCAGCAUGCCUACGGCCACCACCAGCCCGCCUACUCGAGCCACUACCACCUACCGCACCAACAGCAAUACCAGCCAGCGCAGCAGCAACAGCAACAGCAGGGCCGCUCGUCGCAGCCGAUGCUAACAGGCAGCAGCGACAACACCUACCCACGCUGGAGCAGCCUGAGCGCGGACCGCGUCACCAACGCGCUGGGCGGCAGCGCCCGCACAAGCAGCGGCGGCGGAGCCGGCGCCGGCGCCGUAGCCAGCGGCGGCAGCGGCACCGCUGUGGCUUCGCCCAUGCUGCCGCCGCCGCCGGCGCUGCACAGCCUCGCAGAGUUCCCGCCCCUGGCGCCCGUGCACGCUCCGCCGCCGAUGCGCGGCGGCGCCGCGGCGUCAAUGGCGGGCCGUCAGCCCAGCAUGGGCAGCGCGGCCAUGGCCGCGGCGGCAGCAGCCGCAGCGGCCGCGAGCAGCAACAACAACAGCGCCACAAGCCUGGCGCCGUCACCGUUCCAAGCGGCGGCAGCAGCAGGCGUGGGCAGCCGCUAUUCCGACAUUGCCCUGCGCAGCGAGGCCGCCGCCGCAUCGCCAGCGGGUGCGGCCGGCAUGCCAACGCCCGUGCUUCGACAGACUCAUACGUGCCCGGCUGAGGAGCAGCACCACCACCACCAGCAGCUGAUGGGGGCGGGGGCGGUGCCGCUCGCAGACUCGAUCUCUGAGCCCGCGCCGCCCUGUGGCAGCGGUGUCGGCGGCACCGGCUUCCAGCCCGUUGCGCCAGUGACGCCGGGUGGCCUGGGCGCCUCGGCCGCGCCCGCCUACCGCGUGCCCGCGCCCGGCCCCGCCUCGUCCUUCUCGCCGUCAGCGUUGCCGCCGCUGCCGCGCCCUGCGGCGGGCUUGGGCGGCUGCGUGCCGCCGCUGACGCCCCGGGACCACUACGACCCUUGCGGCGCCGCCGCCGCGCCGUCGCUGCCGUACCACCAGCAGCACGAGCGCUACCCGCCGCCCGGCCUCACCGACCUGUGCGCGGCCUCGCCCCCGGCCGCCACCGGCCCGGCAACGCCCGCGCGGCCCGUGGUGCGCCGCGCGCCCACGGCGCCCACACAGCUGCAGCGCCCGCCGCUGCCGCCGCCUGUGCACUCGACGUCGUCGGGUACGCCCGGCAGCCCUUCGCCCUCGAGCCCCACCAGCAGCGCCGGCCGCCACCACCCCUACCAAGCCACCUCGCCGGCAGCGGCGCACGCGCACAUGCACGGCCACCCGCACCCGCUAUCGCCCACUCGCCCCGCCUUCCGCUUGGCCUCGGCCUCUGGCACGGACCUGAUGUCGCGGCUGCAGGAGGGCGUGGGGCCGCUGGCAGCCGGCAUGCGCCUCGCGCACGCCACGUCCUCCCUCAGCGGCCCUGCCGCCGCCGGCAGCGCCCUGGCCUCGCCCUCCACCGCCUCGGCAUCGGCCUCGGAAGACGCCACCGACGGCGUCACCAACCGCCGCCUGCGCCGCACCAGCUCCUCUAGCCCGCGCUGCGAGUACGCCUGCGAGCCCGCCCUGGGCUCGGCGCUGCCGUCGCCCAGCAGCGGCGGCCCUGGUGGCGAGGACUCGGCGGUGCUGGGCUCGUUGACGGGCCGCCUCAAGUUCUCGCUGCGUGCCUUUUCGCGCAAGGUGGCGCGCAGCUUGAACUUCCAGCGCGGCAGCAGCAGCGGAAGCGGCGGCGCCGGCUCGUCGGCGCUGAGCAGCCCUGGCGGCAGCGCUGGCACGGGUGUUGGUGGCGGCGUGGGUGCUGUCGUCGUCGGCGGCGGUUUCAUGUCGAUGGCCGAGGCGACAGAGUCGCCCGCGGAGGCUCCGUCGGCGAUGGCGGUGUCUGAGGACGGAGACCGCUCGGCACGGCGGUUGUUUGUGAGCUGAGCUUGGCCGAAAAAGGUGGCGCUCGAGCGUGCACACAGCUUGUAUGGCUUACUGCUAGCAGAAGAGGUGUAGGGAUUGAUGUCAGGGUGUUAGGACAGUGCAAGAAGGAAUCCACCAACUUUCCUUGCCGUGGCCUGUCAGACUGUGUUCGGGAAACUAACGCAGGGAUAUGCCCUAGGCUGUACCAACAGACUCAUAUUAAGGAGGCAGGCACGAGGCAGGUGGUCACGCCGCGCAGGCGUGUGGCGGCAGGGGUCAUCCCGGGAACAGAUAUUCAGCUCCUUUGAUUUGCGACAGUGGGAAGUUGCAUGAACCACACUCGACAAGCACACACUACCAUCCGAGACCACACGCACAUACAGCGCCCGCACGCUCGGGGUGGUCGCACACGAUGACGUUCAGAUUGUUGGACACGUGCGACACGGCGGGACGUUGAUUCAUUGCGGAAGCAGCGCGGUGCGGAUCAAGCACAGCGAUUUGACACACAAGGGUGUGCUAUUUAGCUGAUAGAGGUUACAUGUGGGACGACAGCCGUGGACUAGCCAGGGCCCCAAAAACGUACGAGACACGCACGCUCACCCGAGGAGAGAUCCCCGAAUGACCCCCAUGCUCCUCGCCUCCGGAGAGGGGAGGAACCCCAGGCCCGGCUCACCGCAAACGCUAGCGCUGCUCACCUAAGCCGUGGGUCGGCGUCAUAAGACUACCUCAUGCGAGUCCCUAAGCUGACAAGCUAGGGUGAGGCCGGUGGCGAGUCCGCUGUUGGCCCUACCAAGAUAACCCC